AUGUCGCAACGCGAGUAUCACAUAGUCGUUCUCGGUUCUGGUGGAGUCGGGAAAAGCUGCCUAACAGCCCAGUUCGUGCAGAAUGUAUGGAUAGAGAGCUACGACCCUACCAUCGAAGACUCAUAUCGCAAAGUUCUUGAUGUUGAUGGCCGCCAUGUCAUUCUGGAAAUCCUCGACACUGCAGGGACCGAGCAGUUCACUGCCAUGAGGUAA